CGGCAAGUAGCUCCAUUUAGGAAAGUUGCAACUCAGAAGCUGCUGCUGUGUAACGGUUAUCAAUGGCGACGGCGGCAAGUAUAAAAAAGCAGGAUCCCAGGAUCUGUCAAUCGCAUCCUGUUUUCUCACAUUUCCCUCUCAUUACACACUUUAGUACAAAUUUUCCUUGUAUUACUAUGACAGUACCUGAAAGUUCGUUUCCUAUUGGUUACUUUUACAUCAUCUCCAAGAUGAACAAUCUAGUCAUGGAUAUCCGUGAUCCCGCCAACGCAGGUGUUCGAUCCAAGAUUGUUAUGGCGGCCAAAAAGCCUGAAUCGCCUGAGCGAGAUACUCAGUUGUGGAUCCAUCAGAAUGGCUUUUUGACAAACAAAGCAACCGGCCUGGUCCUGGAUAUUCACAAGGCGGAAAGUUUUAUUGCAAUCUUUACGGGCGAAAACCGACUUUACUUGGAUAACAUGAAGGAACAAGAAAUGGCCAACGAUCAACGAUUUGGAUUUGAAGCUGAGCCGGGUUACAUCUAUGCACUGAGUGACCCUAAUAUCGUGGCCGACAUUCAUCAUGAAAAUCCUAAAGAAGAUGCCCGUUGUAUGGUGUAUAAGCGCAAGCCGGUCGAACAAGCGUCGAAUCAGUUAUGGACGGUCGAGCUGGCCGAUCCUCCGAAGGUCGUGGACUCGGACGAUGAGAGUGAAGACGAUGGCAAACGUGCUCGAUUCAGAGCCUGGUUCGAAAACUGGCACGGUUGGGGCAACAAGAAAAAGGAAGUGCUCGAUGAGAAAUACCUUGAUAAAGCCCACAAAAAGGUUUACAAGGAAAAGAAGUCUCACGUCAGUUACGAACUGUUGGCGGGUGCGGUUGCUUUUGAAGCAGUGAAUGCUUGGGAACGUAAACAAAAGGAGGACGGCAAAGAAGUUCAACACAAAUUGGCCAAGCAGCUGAUCGCUUCUGUAGCUGCUGCCGAAUUGGCCAAAAUGUUUGCCGAACGUGGAAACGACGACGACAGCGACGAUGAAGAUAAAAAGGUGGCAAAAAAGAGCAUGCUUGAACGUAUGGCUGUUUCUGCCGCUACCAAUUACUUUGAAGCCAAACAUGGCUUGUAGAAUGACAAUUGCUUUUUUUUAAAAAAAUACUUGGUCUCUCUUUUUGUAAUCCUUCCAUAUCCCCACUGUCAAGAGAAUUAAAAAAAACCAACACUAUGAUUUUUUUUGAAUGACCGCUUAGAAAGGGGAAAGUGGAUGGAGCCGAGCCGCAAGCCACCCAAUCAGUGUUCCAAAAUAUAAUUUUUUGGGCAAGGGGGCCAAACCAGAGUGGACAUCAGACUCGCCAACUUCAU